AUGGAAACUAUGCAAGAGGAGUUUAAAACUGAAAAAACAAAAGGAACUAAGGGUAUAACUGAAAGUCCGAAUCUUGCAAUUGAAUUCAUGAAACUGGACCUUGCAUCGUUUCAUUCUGUGGUAGAAUUUUGUGAAGAAUUUAAGAAAAGAUUUCGUCAGCUUCAUGUGUUGUUUUGUAAUGCUGGUCUUGGAUUUGGUCCAUAUAAACAAAGUGGAGACGGACUUGAAAUGAUGUUGCAGGUGAAUUACCUGAGUCAUUUCAUCAUAAUUGCAAAAUUCAUUUCAAUAAUGCGACAGUCUGGACCUGAUUGCCGUAUAAUACUGAUGUCCAGUAAAGCUCACGAGUUUGGGAAUUUUGACGUCACAACAAUGAAUUACACGGGCACUGCCAGAAAGUUUUCUGGUUUGGAUUACUACGGACAAUCAAAGCUUUACCAAAUCAUGCAAACAUUUGCAAUGUCACGGCGACUUAAAAAUUCGAACAUUACGAUAAACUGCAUGCAUCCAGGGAUUGUUGAAACGGAGUUGUGGCGUGAGAUGGACUCCUGCAUUGUAAAAUGUCUUAUAGGAUUCUCUCGUAAGUGUGGUACUCUGAGAACAUCCUUAGAAGGGGCAACUACAGGCUUGACCUAG